AAGUGAAGAGCAGCCUUCCAUCAGGUAUGCAGAGCCCAGUCGAAGCAACAAAUGAGAAGAGAGGAGGUGGUGGGGAAGGUGACGGUGGUCCUGGAGAAGGCCCAGGUUGCAGCGGAGGCCCAGUGGACCUGAGAACAGAGCCCAGUGUGGGGUCUCUGUCUGGUGGUGGAGUAGUGGAUACAGCCCUUAGAGAGCAACAGCUUCAGCAGGAACUUGUUCUACUCAAACAGCACCAGGAACUCCAGAAACAGCUGCUGUUUGCUGAGUUUCAGAAAAAACAUGAAGUGCUAACAAGACAACAUGAGGUCCAGUUGCAAGAGCACUUAAAGCAACAACAGGAGCUGCUGGCCGCAAAGCGGCAGCAGGAGUUGGAGCACAAAAGGAAACUGGAGCAACAAAGACAUGAAGAACAGGAAAAACAGAGACUGGAGCAACAACUGUUGCUGCUGAGGAACAAAGAAAAAGGCAAAGAGAGUGCCAUUGCCAGCACAGAGGUGAAGCUGAAGCUGCAAGAAUUUCUUCUCAGUAAGAAAGAGCCUGGUCCAGUAGGACUCAACCAUUCCUUCUCCCCAAAGUGCUGGGGAGGCCAGCACGCCUCCCUGGAGCAGAGCUCUCCCCCUCAGAGUAACAUCCCUGGAACCCCUCGCUCCUAUAAAGUCCCCCCUCUGCUCAGCAACUAUGAGGGCAAAGAUGAUUUCCCCCUCCGCAAAACAGUCUCAGAGCCAAACCUGAAGGUGCGCUCUAGGCUCAAGCAAAAAGUGGCGGAGAGGCGCAGCUCCCCGCUCCUGCGCAGGAAGGAUGAAACUGUCAUCAGCACCUUCAAGAGAAGGGCCAUUGAGAUAUCAGUUUCAUCCCUCUGUAACAGUGCUCCAGGUUCAGGUCCCAGCAGUCCUAAUAGUUCCAAUACGGCCAUCGCCAAUGGAAACACAGGAUCAGUCCCCAACAUACAGACUGAGCUGAGAUCUCUCCAUCAGACACUGGGUGGCGAUGGAACAUUGAGUCCUCUUAGUCUCUACACCUCACCCUCCUUGCCCAAUAUCUCUCUAGGACUCCCUGCCAACACACACAUCACAGCACCACAGAACCUGUCCACCCAACAAGAGACAGAGCGUCAGGCUAUCCAAUCCUUACCAGGGGGCGGAGCUCUAACAGGAAAGUUUCUCUCCACUUCUUCCCUUUCAGCAGGUGCUGCACGUGAAGUGGAGACUUCCACUCCAACCUCUCAUUCAGCUCAUUCCUCGUUGUUGCAACAUGUCCUCCUGCUAGAGCAGGCCAGACAACAGACUGCUAUGCUAGAGAGAGGCGUAACCACCGGAAAGCGGCCAGUCAACAAGCUGCCCCGCCAUAGACCGUUGGCUCGCACACAAAGCGCACCUUUACCACAGUCACCGCAGGCCCUGCAACAGCUGGUGGUCCAACAGCAGCACCAGCACUUUCUUGAGAAACACUACAAGAUGUUAUCGAAGGGCGGAGACCUCCCUAGACCGCCACCCACUCACCCUGAGGAGACAGAGGAGGAGCUAACAGAGACCAAUGAUAUGCAGGAAGAUGAAGGGGCGGGUCCUAACAGAUUGCAGAAGGAGGGAUCGCAUGACAGCAGCCAUUUAUCUGAGCAAAUGGGCAUGAAUAUAAAGGGGGAGGAGGAGCCCAGGAUUAUGCAUGUCAAAGGCGAGAGCACAGAGAGUGAACUGGAUGAAGAUGAGGAGGAUGAUGAUGUCCUUCAGCUAAGGGAGGGCGAGGAAGAGGAAAGGGGCAGCUAUAUGCAGUCCUUGCAGCAGCUGAGUGUGUUUUCGUCCUCCCUGGCCCACAGACCUCUGGGAAGAGCCAAGUCGUCCCCUGCGACUGCUGUCAGUCCUAUCAAACACCUCUUCACCACCGGGUUGGUAUAUGAUAGCCUAAUGCUGAAACAUCAGUGUGUGUGUGGCAAUGCUCACAUUCACCCCGAGCAUGCUGGAAGGGUCCAAAGCAUCUGGUCCAGACUGCAAGAGACUGGCUUACUGAACCGCUGUGAGAGGAUUCGUGGGCGAAAAGCAUCUCUAGAUGAGAUCCAGUCAGUCCAUUCAGAGUUCCACACCCUGCUGUAUGGAACUAGCCCACUCAAUCGACACAAACUGGACCACAAGAAGCUUCUGGGUCCUAUCAGCCAGAACAUGUAUGCUGUUCUUCCCUGUGGAGGAAUAGGGGUGGACAGUGACACUGUGUGGAAUGAGGUGCACUCGUCAGCAGCGGUUCGCAUGGCAGUAGGCUCAGUUAUUGAGCUGGCUUUUAAAGUGGCCGCAGGGGAGCUGAAGAAUGGCUUUGCAGUUGUGCGUCCACCUGGUCACCAUGCUGAGGAAUCCACAGCCAUGGGGUUUUGUUUCUUCAACUCAGUAGCCAUCACGGCCAAGCUGUUGCAACAGAAGCUUGGAGUGGGAAAUAUUCUCAUUGUGGAUUGGGACAUUCACCAUGGCAAUGGCACCCAGCAGGCCUUCUACAAUGAUCCCAACGUGCUUUACAUAUCUCUGCAUCGGUACGAUGAUGGAAAUUUCUUUCCUGGUAGUGGAGCACCAGAGGAGGUGGGCUCAGGUGCAGGAGUUGGCUUUAAUGUAAAUAUAGCAUGGACUGGAGGAAUGGAUCCUCCUAUGGGUGAUGUGGAGUACCUCACUGCCUUCAGGCGUGUGGUAAUGCCCAUAGCCCAGCAGUUCAGUCCAGAUGUGGUCCUGGUGUCUGCAGGCUUUGAUGCAGUGGAAGGUCAUCAGUCGCCUCUGGGUGGCUACAAUGUCUCUGCACAAUGUUUUGGGAAACUAACUCAGCUGCUGAUGGAACUGGCAGGUGGGCGGGUUGUAAUGUCGCUCGAGGGUGGCCAUGACCUCACUGCUAUCUGUGAUGCAUCAGAGGCCUGUGUUUCUGCACUCUUGGGAGAUUUGUGUGACUCUGGUUUUCAGUGGCCUCAGGAUAAGCCAUGUCCAAAGGCUUGCACCUCCCUGGAGAGAGUAAUUGAAAUCCAGAGUAAGCACUGGCCUUGUCUCCAGAGCUCGUCUCAAAGCAGCGGGCACUCCGCGGAGGUUCCAGGCCAGUCUGAGAGAGAUGAGGCCGAAACGGUCAGUGCCAUGGCCUCGUUGAGUGUUGAUGUGGAACAGCCAGGCUCACUUCUUGAAAACACAGAAUCCAGCAGGUCUACAGAAGAGCCAAUGGAGGAAGAACCUAUAUUGUAAAGAAGAGCUCAGACCUAAAGCACAAAAAAAACUUCACCUCCUUCUAGCACCUCCAUAUCCUUCUUCUCCUGCUCCUCCACAAAGUGUGUAUGUACACAAACACACACACACACACACAAACACACCCAUACGCAGUGUGGAACUGAAUCAUUGUCGAGGACUUGGAUUGGCUGAGAACAUCUAAACGAGGCAGGCGAAAAAAGUCCUGUACAAAACAUGGACACAUCUGUUUUGUUGUGGUUCAUCUGUCAAAGGGGGCGCAUAAGACUUGUUGGCAUCUCUGAGGAAACCAAAGACGAGGAGGGUCAGCAAGGUUGCAUCUUCUGUACUCUACCAGUACGCGACAUCACUGAACUUUGUUUAAUCGUUCUUCUUUUAUAUUUCCUACUUAUUUCUCUUGUUUCCACAGAGGCACUUUUACUGUGGAAAUAAAAACCUUUUAUUUGGUUGCAAUGUCAGACAACAAGCUGACGUCUGGUCUUCUUGUGUCUGUUCUCGAAAAAAAAUAGUCACUUGUUUGAGGAGUAACCCGUUUUAAAAAGAUCGGGGAGCAAGAACUACUGGUGCCUUUUUUCUGUCUGACAACACAAAUUAUUCAAUCAGAAUCGACACGUCACUGCCAGUGCACCUCACCGAACCAAACAGCCUAGGAGGACUGAAAAACCGGUCAGAUAACGGACACAUGGCCACACAUACACUGCUGUUGUUUCAGCCACUCAGUGUAUAUUUAUUUCUUCAUCUGAAUGCCUUAGUUUUUCUUCUUUUUUUGACAAAGAUGGGUAGAGGGAAUCAGGAAAGCUCAUAAGCCGUAAUCUUUCCAGGUAUUCCCAAAAGACUUAUCUGAUGUUCCCUGAGAGUUUUCAGUACAAGUGGAAAUGUUUGUUAAACAGCUCAUUUGAUUGUUCGUAGGAAGUUGAUGUAAUAUAAUGAUUCUGAGGAAACAAUCUCAAGAUCAACUUACCUUUUAUAAAAAUACACAUUAUUCUGCUGUGCAUUGAUUUCACUUGUUUCUAUUAAAAGUCAUGUGAUGUGAGCCCCACACUUUGUUUCUUCUAAAGAGAAUUUUGGACAGCGGUGCUUUUUUAAAAUACCACAAUGACCCCCCUUGAUUUGUUUUAUGUUUAUUUUUCUAUUAUGUGUCAUAUAUCCUUUUUUUGUGUAAAUACUGUCUACCAUCCAAUUACGCAUGGCAACAUCAAAGCAUACGUAGUGUGGUCUGUUUUUACUAUAUCUGUACAUACGUGUAUGUAUAAACUACAGAAUACUUUCUCUUUUUGUAUGAAAAGCAAAAAAUAAUGUGUAAACAGUGUUUUAUCCAAUCAGAUUAGAUUUAUGGAUACAUUCUUUUUGAAGAUCUGAUGUUUUAAACGUUUGGCCAUUUGACAGGAAGUUAGUGCACGGCUUGAUAGUGGCCACUGUCACCGCAGCGUGCUUGUUUGUUUGUUUACAGAUGCCAAUGGAUGAUAAGAUGUUGUAUCUUUUGGAGGAAAAUGUUGUGCUCGGGUUCCUCUGACACGACCGCUGCUCUGUACUGCUCUCCUCAGGCAAUCAGCAACAACUAUACACAGGUGUUCAAAUCAAAGGUAAUCACUGGUUUAAUAGGUGGGUCCAGUGACUGUAGCUUUGUAAUCCAAAGUUUGUAUUGCAACGUCCUAUUUUACUGUAAUUCAUACACAUUAUAAAUUAGGUAACGCUAAGUUGAUUGUAGAAUUGAAUUACAGCUGCAGUGUUCAGACAUCCUCUCUACAUGGUAGACAAUGGUAACUAUAACAUGAUCUGCAAAGUAGAGUUUGUGUCAAUAAACCUCUUCCAAACAAUACAUAA